AUGUUGCCAUGCUUGUGUCCCCUCCCACUGGCUCGAGCCUUGGCUCUGGUGAAAAAACCCCUCCGAUCGAGGACCCAUAGGAGUCGGGAUCAUCAUUUGGCUCCUACGGUCACCGUCGAAAGUGGAGAUCGAAUGCGCGUUGAGAUCUCAAUCAAAACCAAGGAGGUCUCCGUGGCGAGUUUUGAGUUUGAGAACAAGUCACAGCUCUUAAGCCAAGCCAAGGAGAUUGUGGAGAGACAAGAAGAUGAGAUAGAAGCGCUUCAGAGAGCUCUCAAGGAGAAGGAAGAAGAGCUAGAUAUUGCUACGGCGGAGAAGAGACUUGAGCAGGAGAAGCUCAGAGAAACAGAAGCUAACUUGAAGAAACAGACGGAAGAGUGGUUGGUGGCUCAGGAGGAAGUGAGUAAGAUUCAGGAGGAGACAGUGAAGCGGCUUGGAGAAGCUAACGAAACCAUGGAGGACUUUAAGAGAGUGAGGAAGCUUCUAACCGAUGUGAGAUUCGAGCUUGUUUCUUCUCGGGAAGCUUUGUUAUCUUCAAGAGAGCAAAUGGGAGAAAAGGAAGUGCUGUUAGAGAAACAGUUAGAGGAACUCGAGGAGCAGAGGAGAAGCGUGUUGUCAUAUAUGCAAAGCUUGAGAGAUGCUCGCGGUGAAGUGGAGAGCGAGAGAGUUAAGCUCAGAGUCGCCGAGGCUAAGAACUUUGCACUCGAGCGAGAGACAUCACUCCAAAAGGAACUGCUCGAGGACUUAAGAGAGGAGUUGAAGAAAGAGAAGUCUCUGUUGGAGGAAGCUAUGCGUCAUGUCUCCACCAUUCAAGACGAGCUUGACAAGAAAACAAACGAGUUUCAAGUCUCACAGACUCAACUUCAGGAGAAAGAGUCAAGUUUGGUGGAGGCUAAACUUGAGAUUCAGCAUUUAAAGUCUGAACAGGCUUCUCUAGAACUGUUGCUGCAAGAGAAAGAUGAAGAGCUCACGGAAGCGAGGAAUCAAUUGGAAGAAGUGAACCGUGAGGUUAAAGAGCUGAAGAUGCUUAUGGCCAGUAGAGAAGAUGAGUUAGGCAGCUCCAAGAUGCAAGCCAGUGAAGCUGAGAUGGUGGUGGAAAGAAUCGCAGAGCUGGCGAGCAGAUUGGUUCAAGAUCAGAUGCAGCAACAACCACUAGAGAAACAACCUUACGGUGAUUACGGGAUGGAGAACAAACGGUUAGUGAUGGAGCUAAACUUCACAAUAGAGAAUCUACGGUUGAAAGAAAUGGAAGUUUUAGCUGCGCAGAGGGCUCUGACGUUGAAAGACGAAGAGAUCAAUGUACUCAUGGGAAGACUAGAAGCUAAGGAGAGGGAAGUCAAGAAACUGAAAGAAGAAACGGUUAAUGACGGUGAAGAUUUGAAAAUGCUAUAUGCAUUGGCGCAAGAGAGGAUCGAGGGGAGAACAAUGGGUGAUCUAGCUAUAAAGAAGCUUCAGCUAGAGGCGGCUCAACUUGAAGUGGAAGCUAGAUUAUGA